AUGAACCACGGCGCUGUCUUGUCCAACCUCUGCCUCGCCUUAGCGACCGUCGUCGCCUUCUGCACGUACUGCCUCCACCAAAUCGCCAACUCGGUCGUCUACCUCGGCUUCAACGCACACAUGUUUGACUCCUAUCAGUGGCACGUACCCGUCUUCACGCUCCUCGAAGCAUCGUCCUCGCUACGCUCCAACACGUCCCACGCACCUACAAUCGGUACCGUCUCGCUCAGCGAUCUCUUGUAUAAAGAUUGCGGCAUCCGAGACACCGUGUGCGCCGAUGCUUUUGUUCCAGAGACCAAUCAGAUCUGGUCCCACAUUGGGCUCGCAUUCUGCCAGAUUCCAGAUUUUAAGACGCCGCGCUUUCAGGACGCAUCCGAGGACAUUCGUUUCCAGCACGUCAACAGUCUCAGUGGUUGGAACAAGGCGCUCGUUCAGUACUAUAUUCCCGGGUACGCCACAGCAAUCACGUGCAUGGCACGGCGAGCAAGCAUUUCGAUCAAUGGCGGCGCGAGCCUCGUCGACACGCUAGCGUUUUGCAGUCACCGGGCAUAUGAUCCGAAAUGGCGCUGCGAGAAUGACGUGCCACUGGACACACCCGUCUAUGUGCUACAGCUCCAGAAGGCGACAGCCAUCUAUUUGGGAUCACUGCACAUGCGCGACGUCUAUUUGAACGGCGGAGCGACUGCUGUCGCUCGCAGCGACCGAUAUCGGCACGUCUUGCUUGGUCCGAUUCCGUCGGUCGACGAGUACCAGGUUGGGAUUGUGCAAGCCAGUACGCCGUGGGAUAUUCUGUGUGCAUCGCGCUGCUACGACUACAACCCGAGUACGCGCCUUGGGUGGCUUCUGGAGUUGCAAGGCCGCGUCAGUCUUCGCUGGAAGAGCUCGUUUCUCAUGCUCACAAACGCCAUCUUUCUCUGGUGCGCGAUUGCGUACUUUGCGAUUCUUCAAAAGCUGUUUGUGAAACAGAGCCAAAUUAGCCUCGUGGCCGUGUGUCUCUCGAAGAACGUGGUCGGGAUUUCAAUACUUUUUGUCACAUUUUGGGGCAACAGCAAUUUGCAGACGCUCACAACGUACUUUUCGCAGAACGAUGUCACCUCCACCGAGGCAAUGAUCCUUCGACUCUGUGGCCCUGCCCAAGUCGCUUCGAUUGUUGGUAUCAUGACGGGGCCGUUCAUACAACUGUGCUUCACGCCUCGCGUCGUGACGCAGACGUGGCUGCUCACGCUCUUCACGCUCCUCAACUGCGCUUUGAUCUUUGUUUUGGAAGAGUUUGUGUUUCCGUCGAUGAACAAGAGCGUCCCCGGGCGGUGCGACUACGCGUCAUCGACCAACUGCAUUCACUUGACGGCGAUUCCGCAGACGUACUACCUCUCGGCGGUCGUGGCAACUGUCGUUGUUGUCGUCGCGGUCGCAACGAUUCAUCUUCACGCGCGCUGGCUUCCCGACACGGUAUCCGUGCCGCCGACGCACUCAAUGAUGCAGUACCUCUGUGUGCAAGACCUUCGAGACUUCGCUACAUCAGGCCGCGGGUGUGUCUUUUAUAACGUCCAUGGCGAUAUCGUCAUCGACCAUGGUCUCUUGGUGAUGAAGAACAUGCUGCGGGUCACCAAUACGUACCUCACUCGGAUCGGGAAUGCGCAAUAUGGUCUGCUCUUCUAUUGGUUUGUGCCCCGCGCCGGUCGUCGGUUUGUGGCCAACAAUUUUCGAACGAUACUCGUUGUUCAUAUUGAGAAGAACAAGAUCACGCGUCGGUCGUCCUACGUGCCGAUGCACUGCGUCCACGUCGACGGCGACGAAAUCUAUGCCACAGGCUUUUGUUAA